AUGACAACUGAUGGAGGUAAGCUAUUAGAAUUAACUUCCGUGUCGAGUGUAAACAUACGAGUCCAAUUUCAAAAGAAACGUUAAGAGAGAACGGAGUGGAUAGAGCUAUGCGAUAUUGUCGUAAUGAUUUUCUUUCUGAGGUCCAUAUUAAGAUUACUUCCUGUCACGAACGGGAAGUAAAAGUCAUGUAUUUGUGUCACAGCAUAGGCACGUCAUUUGAAUACUUGUGCCUCGGACAAUUUGCGUCCGUUCGUUAACUAAUUGUGGUUAUGAUGUACCGAUCAAUUCGAAGCUUCAACACCCCGUCGGGCAACCUUCCCCCCCCCUCCCCCCCCCCCGGCAUUUGACCUUGAGAAGAUUGAUUUGUUAAAAAUCCCGCCCACGGGGCAAAGACUGUUCUCAAAUGCCCCAACAAAUUUUUUUAUUAAAGGAAAAUUAGCAACUGUGACUUUCUACACAUUGACUUAGCUUUGAAACCUAGACCUCGUAGAACUUUCUUUCUGAGCCAUUGGCUCGCGAAAGUAAACUAUUUAUUUUUUAGACACCUCCAUAUUUAACAAUAUAACACUUGUGUUUCUAUAUAAAGACUUGUCGAAUGCCUGUAGGUUACCCGGGGGAGGGGGAUGCUGAAGCUUCGAACUGAACGGUGCAUAAUACGUUUGAGUGUAAGGUAACGAUGAGCAAAAGGAAAAUAAGAUACAAUUAGCAUAGUUUCUUUCUUAAAAGGGUUGUGCAUUAGGCGACAAGAGCACCGUCAAACUCUCAAGAAUUUGCUUAAAAAUCAUUAUUACGGCAAAUUCAUUUAGUACGAAUGGGUGCCAUCAUUUUUGUGAUAUUUCGUAUUCUGCUCCUUCUCUCUGUUUAAAACAGAGAAGACACAUGUGUAACAUGACUUUGUGUGAACGCCGUCUGUUUUCCAGGUGAAAUUAUCACUCUGUCAAGCUGAUCCCAAAAAAUUGUUUUCAUUUCAAUUUCUUCCAAGUUCAUUGUUCUCUCUUUCUGUCAGAGAGAAAAACACCUGAUUAAAAACUGUUCCAAAACAAUUUUGAUUCCUUCUUGCCAUUGUGCCAUUAUGAUAAUUGUUUCAAAAAAAAAAAAAACUUUUUACCUGCAAGGUUUGCAGUGCUUUUUUUCUCUUGUUAAAAUUUGUCGAAUUUCAUGUGUAUGUUUUCUCAUCACGAAAAUUUGUUAUUUCUAUAACAUUUCCACUUACUAAAGAAUUCUGUAGGUUUAUUUGUUGAUGCAUCUUCGCUUUGGCCAUUGCAUGAUGGCUCUUUUAGUUGGAAUGAACACAGUCACUUUAUUUGGAAACAUUUACAUUCGGUGGAGAUUGAAAUUUUCAAUUCAAGUUGAUUUUUUUCAAGUUUCAAGAUUUUGAUUUCAAGUUGAAAUUCAACCAGGUCCAAUACUUGAAAGAACAGUGUAUACAUCUGAAAACGUUGAAUACAUUGGUUUGAAGGCAAAAUUUUUUAAUACUAAAGAAAAUUGUUUUGUAGAAACCCAGAGAGGAAUGAAAAUCUUCAUGAAGCCAGGAGAGCGGGUGUGUAUAUUGUACAGAGUGAAAAGUAAUUUAUAAGUUCCAAAAUUGCCCCAAAUAUAUAUAUCAGCAUGAAUAGAUUGUAUAUAUCAUAUGUGUAAUAUAGUGCGUUUCGACGAGCUCGAGUAAUCGGUUUCUGUAGAAUGUAAAGUUGUCUAUGUAGUUGUGUCUGUCCAUUUGAGGAAAAUACGAUAAAAUUAAAAUUUUUGAACAACCAGGCAUGUCUCUAAAAACUUUGGUCCAACGUGUUUAUGACCAUACACUCGUUUUUUGUAAGAACGUCUAACUUUGGGGCUGAGGUAACUGUCCACCUACCCCUCCCCUAACCCAACAUUAACCCUAACUUGUUAUCUAUUGACUGUUGCUGAGUUAGGGGAGGGGUAGGAUGGCAGUUGCCCAGAUACUGAUAUUGAUCCAAAGUUCCUUACGUUAAAACGUACAUGAGAAAUCAACGGUAAAACGUAAACAAAUGAUUAUAGACCAAGCGAUAGUCUCAAAGAAUGUGCACCAUGGCGAGCGAAAAGAAAGCAAAGGAAAACAAUGUUGAAAUUAUUCAUGUCAACACACAAAAAACUGUCUCCGUCAAUACUAUCAAACAGUCCAAAGACUGUUUGAUAGUAUUGCGAAAUGUUUCAUUCCAGAAGGCUGGCUACUUGUUGAAAACUUUGUUUCGAACUUUACUUCACCCUCACGCUGGACCGCUGAGUCAUCAUACCGCGGAGUCAGAAACUUUACCAACAACAAAAUGGGUAUCACAGUGAGCGCACUGAAAGAACUCAGGUCACACUUGUCUUUCACUCAGCUGAGAUUCCACUGCAGUAAGAAAAAAGGUCGUACGUUCCGCGUGACCACGGUCAGUAACAGCACCGGUGAAGCUGUGAUUGAGUACUUCAGCGGCCAGACGGAAGAGCAUCCUGAUUCAUGUGGGUCUUUUCAGAGAAUGGAAGAUGACAACUCCAAGUCAUGGAGUGUAAGAGUUUUUUCGCUAGGAGAUUUUUGGAAAAUCUAUGCGCGCUAA